CCGUCGGGCAUAGUUCAAAGCUCCCUGGACUUGCCUUCCAGAUCUGAAGACCGGCCGUUUCGUUUUUUUCGGCUUGAUGUCAAGAUGGCCUUCGGGGUCCGGUCUCCGUGUCAACCAGCUAAAAUAGUUUCGCUUUAUCUGAUAUCGUUGACACUGUUUUCUGUUUUAAACACAACCUUCGGAGAGAGGAAGCUAAAAUUUGUCACCUUGCUCUAUCGUCAUGGUGACCGAUCACCUGUCAAGGCGUAUCCCACUGAUCCCUACCAGGAGAGUGCGUGGCCUCAGGGUUUUGGACAGCUUUCGCAGGAUGGGAUGAGGCAGCACUUCGAGCUGGGGCAGGCACUCCGACAACGUUACAAUGGUUUUCUGAAUGAGUCCUAUGAUCGACACCAGAUUGUAGUCCGCAGCACAGACUAUGACCGGACCCUGAUGAGCGCUGAGGCAAACCUAGCUGGCAUGUACCCGCCCAACGGGUCGCAGAUUGUUAACCCUGACCUCAAAUGGCAGCCCAUUCCUGUUCACACAGUACCCCAGGAAGAGGAUCGGCUUCUGUCAUUCCCUCUGCCCAACUGCCCCCGCUUCAACAUUCUUCUCAAUGAGACCAUGCAAACGGAGGCCUACCGCAACGUGACCACUUACUACAAAGACUUCAUUGAGAUGCUGAGGAACAAAACCGGUUUGAAGGAUGCCUCUGUCGAAACAGUGUGGAGUGUCCAUGACACCUUGUUCUGUGAGGCGAUGCAUCACAUGCAACCUCCCCCUUGGGUGACCAAGGACGUCAUGGAGAAGCUGAAAAUACUCAAGGACUUCAGCUUCCAGAUCAUGUUUGGGGUCUACAAGCGCGUGGAGAAGUCUCGGCUGCAGGGAGGUGUUCUUCUUGGUCAUAUCCUGAAAAACAUGACUGAGUCUGCAGUAUCUGGCUCCAAGAAGCUUCUGAAGAUGAUGAUGUACUCAGCACACGACACUACUCUAGUGGCAUUGCAGUCGGCCCUCAACGUCUUCAAUGGGAAACAGCCCCCCUAUGCCUCCUGCCACAUAUUUGAGCUGCUCCAAGAAGAUAAUGGGUCCUUCUCGGUUGCUAUGUACUUUCGGAACGACAGCACCAAGGAGCCCUACCCAGUGGUACUUCCGGGCUGCACUCAGUACUGCCCCCUGCAGGACUUUGUGCAACUCACCAAGCCAGUCAUCCCUGAGAACUGGGAGGCAGAGUGCCAGGUGCCCCCCAGGAUGAAGGAUACAGAGGUGAUCAUCGGGCUGACUGUAUUCUGUUGCCUGGUUGUCCUUCUCAUUGGGCUCCUCCUCUUCAUUCUAUGUAAACAGCAGGAUAGCAAGAGCAGCUACCAUCAUGUCAUCAAUGAAGGUGAUGACAACUCCUGACAAUCAUUCGCGCUCCUUGAGAAAUGGGACCUUUUCGAAGGGGAGGAAGAUCCAUAAACAUCUCUACCUACCUGGAUGAGCUUUCAGGAUUGGGCAUAGGGAGGACAAACUGCCUUUGCCCAAUUUUUUAAAAAAGAAAAAAAAAAUGAGGACCUUGGCUUUUAGUGUCAUGAAAACAGAUGGUCACACUAGCAGAUGAGCACACCAAGUCUUCCGCUGUCUGCAUGGACUGGAUGCUCAGGUUAGCGGGUAAUAGUGUGCGCAUGGUACAUUAUCAUGUUGGGAGCACAGGGUGUAAUUGUAUAAUCUCGUAAGAGUGCUUUUAGUGCUUUUAGCAUGGCAGCAAGUGCACACAGCCAUUUUAUUAUUUGAAAAUUGUGUAUAUUUUGCUUUAAAUUCUGUGAGUCUAGACUCGCACGCUUUAGUUCUCUUUUUAGUUCCCAGUUGUAGUAUUUCGCUAAAUGCUCUGAAAUUGAAGAAAGUUGAAUCUCAUUACGAAGAGCCCAAUGUCCUGGAUGUGUGGUCUCCAAAUUGGUCUCCCUAAUGCAUGACCAUUACUGUUGGAGUCCUCCUGAAAAACUCAAAAAUAGUUUGGAUUGCCUUCUGGAGAUUAUGGAUUGUAAGUAGUCUUUUAUGGAUCAUAUCAAUAGGCAUGAAGAGCUCUGCAAUCCUAUUGAUGAAAAUUUGUGUACCGUUGUCCUUUUUGCUGGUGUGGUUUUCACUGAUGCACUGGCUACUUUUAAAAUAGCAUUACUCUGCGAUUGUAGCAUAGUUUAAAGGGAAUUGUGGUAAAGGUUUGGUGUUUUUAGCUUUCGUCAUACCUACAGAUGGGGUGACCCACAAGUUAAAGGUACGGUAAUUCGGCUGUUUGAUUUAAGAGUAGAAUGUUCUAGCACACAGCUGUCAUUCCUUUUACUUUUUCUCUGGGUCUGGCUGUAUCUUGGUCUGCACACAGAAGUUUGAAGUUGCAUUCCUAUCCAGAAAACUAUGAAACAUUGUCAUGUAGAACACACAAGUACUUGCUAAAGUGCCAAAUCCCACCAAUUUUCAGUUGGGGUACAGUUCUUAAUUCCUAUGUAAAUACUCAAACAGGCUAUUAUGUAUGCCAUUUAUGUGUGCACAGGGAGAAAAAAUUUUAUCUAUGAAAAUUGAUUUGAUCAUAUUUUAAUUUUUACCUUUUUAUUUUAAUAAUUACUUUUAAAUUUUAGAGCAACCCUAAGAAUGUUAAUGAAAAAUUGUGAGCCUUCGUUAAUAAAACAUGCCUUACCAUUGUAAUAUAAAUUACACUCGGGUGUUAAAAGUGGAAUGCAUUAAGCUGCUCAUUUGCUGUUUUGGGAUGGGAGGUGUAUACUUGGGUUAAUUUAUUUUAGUUUUUUUUUUUAAUGGUUUCUUUCAUAUAUAGACAGACUGGUGACAUUGCUUAAAAUGUAAUUGCAUUGAGAGCCUGUAUUCAUGGGACUGAUUCAGUGGGGCGAUAUUCAUAUCAAUGUCAUAUGGCUUACAUACAAGAUCGAGACUCUUUUGUUUGGCUGUUUGUGGAAGUGUAAUUCUGCCUUUUACAUUUUACCUAUUUUGUCCAUUAUUAAGGACAUUGACCAUGAUUAAAUCUACAUUUGAAUCCUUGACUCACAAUUAAAUUCAGGUGUUAUAUUUGUCUUCACCAACAAUCAGUCAAGGUCAGGAGUCACUACAAUGAACUUUCCAAACUGUGCUUGUGAAGAAAUAAGGAACACUUUUAUUUAAUCUAAGGGCAAAUGUUUAUUGAACACAGGCCAUUGUAUCAAUGCAUCAUUCCUUCAGAAUUCAUGUCCUUAGAGGGUAAGAUGUAUUUUGUAUGUACGUCAAAUAUUUGUCAAGACAAAAAGUUUACGCUGGAGUUUUCAGUGCAGCCAAAAACUGGUUGUAAAAACAUUUGAAUUUCCUGGACUGUUAAUAUCUGAAUGUUGCUUAAAUUUUAUUGGUGUCUAAUGUGCAUUCGAUAAUUCAUUGGACAAUUCACUUUUUAAAUGUCUGCCAGACAGAGUGACUUAAUUUUAUAAUAAACUCCUUGUCUGUAACACUG